AUGCCGAUCAUGCUGUUGUGGGCGUGGGCGUGGGCGUGCGUGCUGGUGUGUGCUGUGUACCGUGGUACCUGUCAGACUCACUAUCCGUGCACCUACUUGGGCAUCUACGGAUGCACUUCCCCCAGACCAACCGUCGGAUACCCGCAAGGUUCAUCGUCGGAUGCUGAGAUGCGUAUACACUUUGUACACAAUGGAGACUCGUCCUGUGCCUAG